CGAGGAGCAUGUACAGUAGCAAAUGGUCCUGAAAAAACAACUUGCCAGUGCACAUACGACAGUCUUCAACGACUCUGGCAAGCGACUUAAUUGAAGUUGGCCCCUAAGAGACUUUACAAGUGAACCAAAGUUUGCUAGACUUUAGCCCAAGAGUAUCAUUCUCCUCACACUCUACUUUUCUCGUUUGUAAUUAGGUGCUCAUUCUGCCAUAUAAACAGCGUUAACUCAUCAUCAAAGUUGAUAAAAUCAAAAUUUAAGUGAUAGUCAGGUUACUAGGAUACCUGAUGAGUUGAUAAAUACUAAUGGAUCACACUCAUGUUGUCAGACAGCUAAGCUAGUGUCCCUGAUUUCUAAUAUCUAUAUAUGGAAGGCGAAUCAAGGUAUGUAUCAGCAGUUAGGCGUUCAGUUUCUUCAUCCUUCAGAAUCAAAAUUCAAGUGAAGAUUAUGUUUUCUGAUUCUGUAAGAUUCCCACAGCGUCUGUCAUAUAAAAUGUUUGAUGUGUUGUUGAGACAAGUAAAGAGGCUUCUUGUUGAAUAUCCUGAUUGGCUUUCGAUAGAAAGAUGUCAAAUUGAUUUUUAUCAUAAACAGCUUUCUUUUUUGUCUAGAAAUUUCGAACGACGCUUAGUCACAUAUAGAGUAUAUUCUGAAAUUGAAGAGGAAGCGUUGAGGCUUCUUGCUAGUGAGAUACUCACUUCUGAGCAUGAGAGGGGCGUUGAUCCUCCUGAUCUUACGUGUAUUGGAGAACAAUUAGCUUCUCAAGUGGCUAGGAUUCACAAAGCUUUCUUUCAUGAAUUCAAAGACUUUCAUUGUUAUUUUUAUUUUCACAAAAAGAAAUUUGAAGAAUGUGAUGGGGAAGCUUUGGUUGGAUUCCAAGAGGAGGUUACUAAUUUACUCCAUCAACUUGCGUCUAUCACAAAGAAGCAGCUUCAAGUGAUAUCGAUUGUAGGGAUGGCUGGACUUGGUAAGACCACGUUAGCCACAAGGCUCUAUAAUGAUCCUUAUGUUGUAUCUUACUUUUAUGUUCGAGCAUGGGUCACUUGCUCUCAGGUUUAUCGUAAGAGGGAUUUAUUGCUUUCUAUACUUAGCUCUGUCACUGAGAUUACUCCCCAAGUUUCUGCGAGGAAUGAUAAUAUGUUGGCCCAUGACUUAUAUCGUGCUUUGAAGGGUCGGAGAUACCUUAUUGUGAUCGAUGAUAUAUGGAGUAUUAAGGCGUGGGAUGAUUUUAAGAGUUGUUUUCCAGAUGGCAACAAUGGGAGUAGAGUUAUGCUGACCACCCGUCUCAAAGACAUUGCUUUGCAUGCACAAACUGAAGGGAAUCCGCUUUGUUUGCGUUUCUUAACUGAAGAGGAAAGUUUUGAUUUGUUUAAAAGAAAAGCAUUCAUACAUGGAAAUAUUUCUAGAGAUCUGAGUUCAAUUGGACUAAAUAUUAUGAAAAAAUGCCGUGGUUUGCCUCUUGCGAUAGUUGUAAUUGCAGGAGUACUCAAAUACGAUAUGGAGAUCGAUUGGUGGACACAUGUUGAGGAAACUGUAAGUUCGUACAUCGUAACUGAUGUAAAUCAAUACAUGGAUACACUAGCAUUGAGUUAUAACCACCUGCCUCAGCAUCUAAGAUCUUGCUUUCUCUCUUUUGGAGCAUUUCGCGAAGAUCAUGAUAUCCCAGUAUAUAAGUUAAGUUGGUUAUGGAUUGCAAAAGGAUUUAUACUCGAGGAUGGAACAAAAAAGAGCUUAGAGGAUGUUGCAGAGGGUUAUCUGAUGGACCUUAUAAGAAGAAGUCUAGUCGUUGUAGGCAGGAAAGGGUUGAAUGGUGCAAUUAAAACAUGUCGUAUUCAUGAUCUCUUGCGUGAUUUGUGCUUGAGAAAAGCAGAAGAAGAAAACUUUCCACUAGAUAUAUACAAGUACGAUAAACAUUCCUAUUCAUGUCCGCAUUCUAUUACAAGUCUUACGACGUCCCAACUAUAUUUGAGCUCUACUGAUGUGCUUAAUAUUCCAUCAAACUGUCCCUGCUAUUCUCCGGAAAUCUCCCAGUCAUUUUUUCUGGAUGUAUCUAUUCACUGGGAUACCUCUAAACUUAUUAGGGAUUUGAAUAUAUCAUCAAUAGAAUUGUUCGUAUUUCCAUGUGAAGUAUUGCAACUAGUCCAGUUGAGGUACUUAGACCUUCGGUUCACAGCCGGUAAUCCUCCAGAAUCUAUAUCUGUCCUUCGAGAACUCCAAACACUUAUCAUGUCAUCAAGUAUGAACAUGGUUGUCCCGAAGAAUUUGUGGAAGAUGAUAAAUAUGAGGCAUCUUUGCAUCAAUUCAGGGGAAAAUCUUUUGAAAUUUUCAAGUGCAGAAGAACCAAGCUUAUUGAGAAACAUGCGGACCAUGUCACAAGUGAGCCCUAUUAUGCCAUGUCAACAUAUCUUCGCCAAAACUCCUAAUUUGCGGAAGCUAGGUCUUUGUGGACCAUUGACAAUGAACGCGGAGUUGAAGUGUCCUGAUCUAGGCCCUUUGACGCUUCUUGAAUCAUUGAAAUUGGUGAAUACAAUUCCUUCAUGCAAAGCCGGAAGAGUAAGCAACUCCAUUAUAUUCCCUGCAAGUCUCAAAAACCUUGCUCUGUCAGAUACUUGUUUAGAUUGGAAGGAAGAUUGGGUCUUCCAAAUGAUGCCUAACCUUGAGGUUCUUAAGUUGAAAUGUAAUGCCUUUUUUGGUAAUGACUGGGAAACAAGUGCAGAAGCAUUCCCUCGUCUUAAAUUUCUAAAACUUGAUGAACUGGAUAUUGUGACUUGGACAGCUUCCCGUGAUCACUUUCCUGUGCUUCAGCACUUGCAAGUGUACCGCUGCCCAUAUCUGAUGGAGAUUCCGGAAGACUUUGGUAAUAUAUACACACUUGAGUGGAUUGAGGUGAGUGGUUGUAGUGAUGCUGCGACAGAGUCUGCAAGGGAUAUCAAGAGAGAGCAGGAGCGCAAUGGCAACGAUUGGCUUAAGAUCCUUUUUAGCCAUCUACCAAGUAAACCGAGGAGGAGACCGCCUGGCAUUUGAAAUGAUACCUAACCUUCAAGUUCACAAAUUGAAACUUCAUGCCUUUGUUGGUGAAAAUUGGGAAACAAGUCCAGAAGCAUUGCCUUGUCUCAAAUUACUAAAACUUUCCGGAAGACUUUGGUAAUAUUUGCACGGUUGAGUGGAUAUGGUUAAGCGGGUGUAGUGAUGCUGCUACAAAUUCUGCUAGGGAUAUCCAGAAAGAGCAAGAGGGCAAUGGUAAAGAUUGUCUUAAGAUCCUUCUCAACCCUGGACUAGCUCCCUGCUAAACAAAAUCACAAAAUGGCAAGUCAGAUUACUGAUUAUAUUCAAUUAUUCAGGGAAUUUUAAAUUUUCUUCA